AUGGCACCGGGGCUGCGGGGGCCGCGGGGCCGCGGUGCGCGCUCAGGUUCCAGUAGCUCCCGACGGAGCAGGGGCGCGCAGCUCGGCGGCCGCUGCGCCUCGGGGCCUGUGCUGCCUGGUGCCACCGAGCUGCUGCCGCGCCCUCCUCAGGGAGACGCACCUCGCCGGCCCCGCGAGCUCCGCACACCAACUUCUGCCCGGCGAGCCCAACUUGUGCGCGGGCCUCGGACCUGCGGAGCCGGGGCAGCGCACGGCGCGCAGUCCGGGUGGCGGCCGAAGCCGCUCCGCCCCGCGGAGAGGACCUCGCGCCUGUGGCUCUGGUGCCUCGGCGCCUGGGUGGUCGCCGGCUGGCCGCCAGGCAGCGCCCUGCCGCUCCGGCCGGGCAUGGAAGAUGUUUGUGAAGAGCAGCAACUGAAUGUGGUGGCCCUUCCACCCCCGUGGGCCCAGGCAUUCACAUGCACCAUCAAGCUCUGUAGGCAGGGCUGUGCUGGCCCAAGAUGGUGUGUGGGUUAUGAAAGAAGGACCCAGUACUAUACCAUCUACAGACAGGUGUAAAGCAUGGAGCAGCAGAUGGUCCACAGGUGCUUCCCUGGCUGGUGCUGGCUGGACAGUGAACCUGGCUGCCUUCACUCUGUCUCUGCAGUGGGGACUUGUUUUAAUGGAAGGAGGUCCUCAGAUGGUGAAGCCCAGAGGUGCCAGUGUUCAGAAGGUUUUCAUGGACCCCACUGUCAAUAUGAUGUAAACGAAUGUACCAUUGACAAUGGUGGCUGUCAGGACCAGUGCUGUAAUACAAUUGGCAGUUAUUACUGCAAGUGUCAAGCUGGCCAGAAGCUGGAGGAGGAUGGCAGAGGAUGUGAAGAUGUCGAUGAAUGUUCAGUGGUGAAUGGAGGCUGCCAGCAGCGCUGUAUUAACACUCUGGGCACCUUCCACUGUGAAUGUGAUACGGGAUCCAGACUCCAUGCUGAUGAACGCACCUGCAUAAAGAUGGACCCCUGCACAGGUGGAAAUGGAUGUGCCCACAUCUGUCAGAGUGAAAAUGGUGUGGCCAGGUAUGCCUGUCACCCAGGGUACCAGCUGUCUGAAGACAAAAAAAAACCUGUGGAUGUUAACGAGUGUGCCGAAGGGUUCUCUCGCCAUGGCCGUCGCUGUGUGAACACGGUGGGAUCUCUCACUCGUGCCUGCUGCCCUGGCUUGGAGCUGGGGGCUGAUGGGAAACAGUGUUACAGGGUUGAAUUGGAAAUUGUCAAUAGCUGUGAAAAUAACAAUGGUGGUUGUUCCUGUAACUGCGAACAUCCCUUGGCUGGCCGUUGCUCCUGUAACCAUGGACACUAGCUUGACUUAGAUGAGAAAACGUGCAUAGGGAAUGUGUGCUUGGUGAUUUUGGUGGUGGCCAGCUUUGGUCUGGCAGACAUUGAUGAAUGUGAGAGUGGAGAUGCCUGCUGUGCCCAGCUCCGCAUCAGCUCUUUAGGCAGCUAUGAAUGCAGUUGUCAGGAAGGCUUUCAGAUCAGUUCUGAUGGUUGUGGAUGUGAUGCUUUAGAUGAUGAUGAGUUAGAGGAAGAAGAAUUAGAAGUUGUGAGGUUUCCAGGCCUCCUGUUCAGGGGCCUCCCUCUACUGCUUCAUUAUGUUGCUACCUCUCUGCCUCCCACCUAUGAACGAUGCCCAAAAGGAUUCUUCGGGAAGAACUGCAAAAGGAAACGUAACUGCGCCAACAGCGGCCAUGGCCACGGGGUGUGCAGUGCCUGUCUGUGUGCACCAGGGCGCUGUGGGAGGUUUUGUCAUCUGAAAUGUCCCAAGGGGCCCUAGGUUGCUGGCUGCUCUUCAGAAUGUCAGUGUGUGGAGGAGAACACCCUGGAAUGCAGCACCAAAAAUGGCAGUUGCACCUGCAAAUCUGGUUACCAAGGCAACAGAUGCCAGAAAGCCUUCCCUGAUGGCCUCUGGGACCCAGAGUGCCACUUCUCCUGUGGACCCUAUGAGAAUGGAGGUCAGUGCAACAAAAAAACUGGAAACUGUGACUGUCCACCUGGUCACACAGGAAAAGCCUGUAUGUAACGUAAGUAAGUCAUUAACCUAGACAGGAUAACCAGCAAAGUCAAUAAAGGUGUUAGGUUUAUAAAUAUUUUUUACAAUUUCGAACUGCUCUAUGAGACAUUAUGUCAUGUAUAUGUUUCAAUUAUCUAUUGUGGUCCACCAAACCAUCCCAAUAGUUUGUAGUUUUAAAAAUGAUUUAUUAUUUAUUUUGAUACUGUGGGUUGAUAACAUGGUUCUCCUUGUGGUCUCACCUGGAGUCAUUCGUGGCUGCUGCUAAGCAGCAGAUCAGCUGGGAACUGGGCCUGACAGAGCUUCUCAACUAGGGAACUUGGCCUUCCCCAUGCAUAGCAUUUCCACACGUUCAGCUGGGUCCUCUUCGUCGCAUGGCAGUCUGAAGACAACAAUCCAGGAAGGAGCAUCCCAAAAGUGUGAAAGCAGAAGCUAUAACUUGUCAAAAAGCCUAACUUCAGAAGCCACACGUCAUCAUUUCUGCCACAUUCUUCAAUGAAAACAAGCCACAGGCCAGCCAGAUACAAGGGGAGGAGAGUGACUCUACGUCUGAUGAGAGGAGCAGCGACAUCUCAUUGCAGACAACCUGCAAGCUGGGACAGAUGGUUACAGUCAUCUUCGGAACCCAUUUACCACAGUAUACUCUUUAAAGUUACACAGAAAGGCACUUUAGGAAUCCGCUAGAUUAUAUUUAUCAUUCUUGUCAGAGUGGGAACAAAUUAUAGAC